ACAGUUGCUGUAGGCAAUCAAGCUUUCAAAAGUUUUAAAGUAUCAAUCUCGUUUAAGUUGGUGAUUUCCCGAGAAGCAGUUCAGAUGGCAGGCUCCAAAAUUUUGAUCAAUGAUGAAGACAUAUUUUGGAAGCAGUUAUAUGAAGAAUUUAGAAAGGAUAAAGCAGAUCUACUAGAAUACGUAGACAUUAUGCAAAAAUGGGCUGAUAGUCAACCACAUUUUCCUGAGCGACCGAGUCAUGAAAUCCUCCGCUUUGUAAUAUUAUACAACAAAUUUAGCAUAGAAAAAGCCAAGGCGAAAUUGGAUAUGUACUAUUCAAUUAGAAACCUAAUGCCGGAAUAUUUUCAAACCCAUCCAUUAAGCGCAGAUAUUGUUUUCCAUAGUAAAGUGUGCCUCAUGGUACCACUACCAAAACCAACAAGUGAUUACUCCAGGAUAAUAUACAAUACACUUAAUCCAGAGUAUGACGAUCCAAAACACUUGAAUCAUGAUAUAUUUAUAUCCUCUUUUAUUCAUGUCCUGGAAUGUUUGAUUCGCGAAGAUCUGUGCUAUAAAUUUCAUUAUAUUAUGGACUGUAAACCGGUUACAAUGGGACAUAUUCCAAAAUUUAAGCCAAUGGGCUUUAAGAAAGUCUUCAUAAUAUUGGAAAAAGUGUUCUCCAAUAGGUUAGCGUCGAUUUGUUUGGUAAAUGUCGCAGAUUAUUGCGAAAGUUUCAUCAAUGUCGUAGUCAAACCUAUUUUGAGCGCCAAGAUGAAAGAAAGGCUGAAGAUAGUUUCAAAUUUUGAACUGACUCAAAUAUAUGGCAAAGAGCGUUUACCCAGAGAUGCAGGAGGAGACUUGAAAUCACUCUCAGAAAUGAAUGAUUUAUUGAUAGAAUAUUACGAAACGAAAAAGGAUGUGUUUGAUAAGUUAGAAAAGUUGACAGUUGAUGAAUCAUUGAGGCCAGCUAAAUUGAAAAAUGAUGAAAUAUUGGGGUACUACGGAAAUUUCAAAAAAAUUCAUUUAAUUAUUCGGUCGGCGAUUAAAAUAAAAAUGAAUUUCAAUAAUUUGCUUCAUACGAACAAGGAAGAAGUUCGAAGUGCAGUGUUGGAAAAGUUGGGCAAAAGUGCAGAUGAUAUUGAAAAUGACAAACAGCUGUUGAAAAAUUGGUUCCAGUAUCAGACGCAUUUACCAGAAGUUCCAUGUGAUUCUGUUCUUGAGCUAUUCCUAAUAGUGAAUAAAUUCAACUUAGAAAAAUGCAAAGAAAAACUAUGCAAUUAUUACACCAUCCGGAACGAGAUUCCCGAUAUGUAUGUGAAUAAAAAUCCCAAGUUUGAUCACAUGAAGGACAUCGCUAAUACUGUAUAUGUUAUACCUUUGCCGAAAUUAACGCCGUCCUUGAGCCGAGUAACUCUUAUAAAACUGAAGGAUUUUGAUCCCGUGAAAUUCAAACCCCUCAAUUUUUUUGCCCACACAUACAAUAUUGUGGAGAUUCGAAUAAGGGAAGAUGUGCUGCUUACCGACUCUAUUAUUUACGAUAUGGAAGGUUGUCAGGCAAAACAUUUGAUGAAGAUGCGACUGGGAUUAUUGCGAAAUUCAGCAACAAUACUUGAGAAAGUGUUUUCGACUCGCUUGGAAGGAAUUCAUUAUAUCAACCUACCCAGUUCCAUGCAGGUUAUAGUAAAUCUGAUGAAAACAUUGUUAAAGGAAAAAAUGAGGAAAAGACUCCAUGUUCACAAAGACUUGGAGAGUUUGCAAAAACACUUUUCCAAAGAAAUUUUACCUCAAGAAUAUGGUGGAGAGUGUAGAUCAAUAAUCGAGCUCCAUGAACUCUGGCUGAGGAAAUUAGACCACCAUCAAGAACUGUUUGACCAUUUGGAUACUUUGCUGCCCCCAAGCAGUAACAACGCGUCUCAAGAGAUUGAAGUGAACAUACCAGAAAACUGUGUGUCUAAUUUUCAACAACUUUGCAUUGACUGAUUGAUGACCACUAAUUUGAUCUCUAAGAUUUGACGAUCAUUAGUUUACCAAGAGUGAGCUUUAGACAAUAGAAGAUUUUUCAUUGUCUAAAUUUAUUUAGCUUAAGACAUACUUAGCUCAGGAGUGU